GUCCUCGGUUUCUUAUCUCGCUCCCGCUCCCUUUUGCAUUUGCGACGGCUUCUGUAAAACCCUAAGAGCGGCAGGACGAUGGCGCGCGAAAACCCAUCGGACGGGAAGGAGGAGGAAGAAGAGGACGUUGGCUUCGAAGAACUGGGUCUCGACCCUCGUUUGACGCGAGCUUUGUCGAAGAAGGGCAUCGCCAAAGCCACGCCUAUCCAGCGCGAGGCUAUCCCUUUGAUCCUGGAAGGCAAGGAUGUCGUUGCGCGGGCAAAGACGGGCUCCGGGAAGACAUUUGCUUACCUUCUUCCCGUUCUCCAGAAGCUCUUCUCCGAGAGUGGUUUGGGAAAGUCGGCGCCAAGUGUUUUCGUUCUUGUUCCGACACGGGAACUAUGCCAACAGGUCUAUUUGGAGGCGUCAUCUCUCCUUGAAUUUUGUAGAGUUCAGUUAAGAGUUGUGCAAUUGACAGCCAGCAUGGCCAUCAUGGAUAUGAGAACUGCAUUGUCUGGUUCACCUGAUAUUGUGGUCUCAACUCCAGCUUCCAUUUCAACAUGCAUAGCGAAAGGUGCCCUUCAGACAUCUUCUAUUAAGGAUUCACUUUCAAUGCUGGUCCUUGAUGAGGCUGACCUUCUACUAUCAUAUGGCUAUGAGCAUGACUUGAAAUCUAUUGUCGCUCAUGUCCCAAGACGUUGUCAGUGCCUUUUAAUGUCUGCAACUUCAAGUUCUGAUGUGGAGAAAUUGAAGAAACUUGUGCUGCAUAAUCCUGUAAUCCUGACAUUAUCUGAAGUAGGUCAAUCAAAGGAUGAUAUUAUUCCAAAGAAUGUCCAACAAUUCGUGAUUUCAUGCAGUGAUCGUGAUAAACUAUUACACCUUCUUGCUCUGUUAAAGUUGGAACUUGUUCAGAAAAAAGUGUUAAUAUUUGUCAAUUCAAUUGACAAUGGAUUCAGAAUAAGGUUAUUUCUGGAGCAGUUUGGCAUAAGAUCUUCUGUUUUAAAUGCUGAAUUGCCACAAAAUUCACGGCUCCAUAUCCUUGAGGAAUUCAAUGCAGGGCUGUUUGAUUACUUAAUAGCAACAGAUGACAGCCAGAGAAAGGGGAAGGAACAGACACUAACGGAAAACAAGAUGUCAUCGAAAAAAUCAAAAAAACAAUUAAGGCAAAAAAUAGAUGCAGAAUUUGGGGUUGUGAGAGGAAUUGACUUCAAGAAUGUAUUUACGGUAAUCAAUUUUGACAUGCCUCGAGGCCCUGCUGGAUAUGUUCACAGGAUUGGAAGAACAGGAAGAGCAUUCAACACUGGUGUAGCUGUGUCGCUUGUAUCCCUGGCAGAAGAGGGAAUUCUUGAGGAAGUUAAAAGCAUGUUUGGAGAUGGAGACAACGAAGAAUUGUCCAAUUGUAUUGUACCUUUCCCUUUACUUACUAAGAAUGCAGUGGAGUCGUUGCGAUACAGAGCUGAGGAUGUCGCCAAAGGUGUAACAAAAAUUGCAGUUAGAGAAUCACGUGCUCAAGAUCUUAGAAAUGAAAUUCUCAACUCUGAAAAGUUGAAGGCUCACUUUGAAGAUAAUCCAAAAGACUUGGAUUUAUUAAAGCAUGACAAGUUGCUGAGCAAGAAGGCUCCUCCAUCUCAUUUACGUGAAGUUCCUGAAUAUCUUGUUGAUCUGACAACAAAGGAAGCCAGCAAGAUUCUAAAACUUACGAGGGCUGCAAUGGGGAUAAAGACCUCAAAGAAGCGGCCUGGGUUCAGGAGAGGGUUAGGUAGAAGCAGAGAUCCCCUCAAGACUUUCUCUGCUGAGCCACGGAGAAAAGGAAGAAAAGGUGGCAAUAAAAGGAAGGAGAGUAACAAUGAAGCUUCUAACCAAGGAAGGAAAAAGGCCAGACAUGCUGCAUGAGAUCACAUGAAGACCGAUUACUGGAAUUCGUGUUCAGCAAGGUUUAUGGAAUAACCUAUUCAAUUUUGUACCUCUAGCCAUCGAGAGCGAUGUCAAUAGUUGCUUACUUGUUGUCGCUAAAAUAUUUUUCAGUAUAAAUAUGUCUUCAGUGAAUGGCAUUCGCCCACCUGAGCGAGCUAUCAUGAACAACAAACGUAUCCUCUCUGAUAUUCAUUCAAGAUCAAAUCCUGGAACUCUGCAUUAUAUA